AUGAAUCCUUAUGGUUAUGGUUCAUUAUCUAUAUAUUUAUUGAUUUUAUCAAUAUUACAUUUCAUUCAAUGUAUACUAGUUAUUAUAAUGGAUUUAGAUAAACCAUGGGAUACAGGAUUAUUAGCAAUCAAUAAUUUAAUAUGUCCAUUAUUUCAUUGUAUAUGGACAGGUAAUCGUUUAGCUAUUGUAUUCAUUACUAUUACAUUAGGUAUUGAAACACUUGUAUUAUUACAAAGAGAAACAAAUUUUCCAUCAAAUACUAUAUUACGUUGGAUUAUAGCUGAUGGUAAUCAUCGUAAAUCAAUACGUAUCUCAAUUAGUGUUAUUCUAUUAGCUGGAAUUUAUGGUUUAAUUGAAAUAGCCUAUUGGCGUAUACAAUAUUAUAAUGUUGAAUAUGAGAUAACACAUUCAGCUAAUCAAUUGAGUUUAUCAUCAUCAUCAUCAUCUUUAUCAUCGUCAUCAUUAUCAUCAAUAACAUCAUUAAAAUCAUUAGAACCAUUGACAAGAUGUGAAGUUGCUGGUGGAUUACAAUAUUGGUUUAUUAUGAAAUCAAUGCAUCGAUAUGAUAUUUUUACAGAAAUCGAUAUCACUAGAAAGACUACUGAAUUAGCAGCUAGUUAUUUUGAUUAUCAAUGGAUAACUGGAAUGAUUAUUGAUUGUUCAUUUGCAUUAAUAAAUAUAUGUAUAGGUUUAGCAAUAAUACGUGCUUAUUUUAUGGAUGAUUUAAUUAUACGUCCAAGAUAUGCUGAAAGUUUUGCAACUAUAACAAGAAGAAAUCAAUUUGAAGUAUUACAUAUAGCUAUCAUAUGUAUAAUACAAGGAUUAUGUCGAUUACCUAAUGCAUUAUUUACUAUGCUUGAUCCAUUAACAAGACCAGGAGAUAUGAAUUUAACAGAUUCUGAGGUUUUAAAAGAUAAUACAUGGCAAAGAUUUUUUCUAAUGUUAUCCGCUAAAGUAAUUGGUAUUGAAUUAGGUGAUUUUAUAGCUGCUUUAUUAAUGCCUAUAUGUAUUGGAUUUUGUCAAGAGUUUAGACAGAAUUUUUAUGGAUUAUUAAAAUUUAAUACAUCUAAACUACUUAAAACUACCCUAUUAUCAUUAAAUCCAAGAAAAUCAAUGUCAAGAAUUAUUACACCGUCUAAUUCAAACAUACCAAAUGAUUCUAUACAAAAUAUACAUGGGAAAAUGAUAAAAAAGCCACCUUCACAUCAACAUCAUCCUCAUCAUCAUCAUCAUCAUCAUCAGCAGCAGCAGCAGCAGCAACAACAGCAGGAGCAGCAACAACAGCAUGAUCACACUGAGUAUAAUUCAAAACAAUAUCAUGAUACUAGCUCUCAUCUAAUAAAUCAAUUAGAAAGUCAUAACAAGAAUAUAAAUGAUCAAUCAGAAGAUUCAACUACUGAAAGAUAUAUACCAAAUUGUCAUUUUCAUAAGUUACUUACGGAAGGAGAUAACACAGAAAUACAAAAUGAAACAGAUCUAGAAACAACAUAUGAUAAUACUAAUCAUUAUCAUCAUGAUCAUGAUCAUGAUCAUAAUUAUGAUGAUGAUCAUCAUUUACAUCAACAUGAUUUGAAUUCAUUAAAACAAUAUCCAACACAUUUACAUAGUAACAAACAGAAUUCAUUUUAUAUUAAACCUAUCAAUUAUGAAUAUCAUAAUCGAUCUAAUUUAAAUUUACAUGAUUCAAUGCCUAAUUCAUUAUUUUGUUCAUAUAAUAAAUUAUCAACACAAUAUUGUAAUCAUUCAAAGCCAAACUCUUUAACUAAUCUUUAUUAUGAUGGAAUAGAUUGUGAUCAAGUUCAUAUGGAUAAAGUGAAACCAUUACUGGAAUAUCGAUCUUAUGUUUAA